UAGUAAAUUAUUUUGUCAUGUUAUCAGAAUUAGAGUUGCGAAUUCGAGCGCGCCUUCAUGUAGGAAUUGCUAUCUACGCGUAGUUUCUCAAAUUAAAAGCUACGUGCAAUAAUGUAAAGAAUUCUGGUGGAAGGAAAGGCAAGGGAAAUUCCCGCCAUUAUUUUGUCAUGCUAUCAGUCACAAGAAUAUCAUGUGAUGAUAAUCAGUAGUCAGUCCGAAAUGAUCAGGUUACAUUUGAUUGGAUAGUACUGAAUGAAUGAAAUCGAGUGACGUAACACUACUUGUAAACAAUAGGCGACUAGCGUAUUUUAAAGAACCUUCGAAGAAAGUUUGCUGCUGCUCUUGUUGAAAGUCUUGGUGUUCGCAUCUCCGCGAAUUUGAGAAUUCAGUAAGAGAUUUUCCACGGAAAAUGCCAAAUGGAUAUUUCACGAGCAAGGUCUUGGAAUAUCCGUUUUUAGCAGUCGCUUCCGUCGAGAUUUCGAACCCUUUGAAAAACCACGACGCCAUUAGAGAAAAUGGUGGUUAGCGCUGAAAAGAGAUACGUCAUAAGAAAGCGACUGCAACCGUCUCACAAGGAUAGCAAUCAUCUGUCUUUUUAUCAAAAGUUUUUUGGGAUGUUGCUCGUUGCUUGUUUAGUUUUCCCAACAGUAUCUGCAAAGCCUACAAAUCCUUGCAAGAAAACCCAAUACUGGAUUGAAAAGGAAGAUGGCACAACAGAAUGUAUUGACUGUCAAACUUGCCCUCCUGGUCAAACUGCCUCACCAGAAUGUGGAAAUUCCAAACCAUUACCAUCUAAUACAAUGGGUCACUGUGUUGCAUGCCAACUGGGAAGGUCAUUUUCCAAUGAACAUAGCACUUCUGUCUGCACUCCAUGUUCAUAUUGCGCCAAAGAUCAGGUGGUGAUAAAAAACUGCUCUCGUCAGGCAGACAUCGAAUGUGGAAAGAGAUGUUACAGCAAAGACAGGUAUUAUGAUGCAUCCAAAGGAGAUUGCUUGAAAUGUUCCAAGUGUUGCAAUGAUGACCAAGAUGUGGAGGAGGAUGAAUGUAAAGGAAAGUUGGGAUCUCAAUCAAGCAUGAUCUGCUCUUUCCAUAGCAGCGUUAACAGAUGCAAUAUUAAAUCAACCCCAAAAUUUGUACCUCAGUCUACCACUGAAUCAAGUCAGAGUUUAGCUCCCACAACGUCUAUAUCAAGUCACACAGUCACAACUGGUGCCAAUGCCAGUGGGGUUACAGAUUAAAAAAUAUAACCCAGCUUAGGGUUCAUGGCCAGUUUGCUUCCAAAAGCAGUGAUCACGAUGACUCAUGUACAUUAAUUACAGUCACAGCUGUGGUACUGGUACUGGUUCUGUUGUUUGUGGUUGGAAUGUGCCUGUUAUGGUUUUGCAAGUUACGGCCACCUAAACAUAGUUCUGUUAAUCCAGGUAAAUUUCAGUCGGGAAACUAAUACAUGUGGUGCACUGUCAGAGACCAAAUGAAUAUAAUGGAGGUUUAGGUAUUAUCUUUGUAUGUGAAAUCAGAUCUACUAAAAUUGUCACAAUUAACCUUUGUUGUGUUAAAUUUCCCCUUUAUACUAUCAUUACUUUCACAAAGGUUAAGUCUUGCCUGUGCAAGCUGCAUUCACUAAUAGACAUGAUAUUAUACUCAGGAGUUUUUGAAUGAGGUUAAUGACGAUUAAUCUGUUGCUAUACUUCAA